CUGGGCAGGUAAGCCUCACCUGGGAGUCUUUCCGAAGCUCGCCAGCGCUCUGCAUUGCUCUACCUGAACGAGGGCGAAUGGGGACUCCGGUAAGGAAAGGCUUCCAUCGGCAAGAAGUUAACAAGACCGUGUGGGACGUGCUGGUCAGAUACACCGAUCUGAACCCGAUAGGGUCAGGGGCGUACGGGACCGUGUGUUCAGCUAUUGAUCAGAAGACAGGAGAGAAAGUGGCUGUGAAGAAGUUGUACCGGCCCUUCCAGUCUUUAAUUCAUGCCAAACGAGCAUACCGUGAACUUCGACUGCUCAAGCACAUCAAACAUGAAAAUGUGAUUUGCCUGCUGAAUGUGUUUUCACCUGAAGACUAUUUACAGACAUUCCAGACCUUUUACAUGGUGAUGCCCCUCAUGGAGCGCGACCUUGGUCACAUCAUGAAGAAACAGAAGCUCUCUGAAAACAUGGUGGCGUUUCUUCUUUACCAGAUCCUACGUGGUCUGAAGUACAUCCAUUCUGCUGGGAUUAUACACAGGGACCUUAAACCUGGUAAUCUAGCAGUGAACCAGAACUGUGAACUAAAGAUUUUGGAUUUUGGAUUGGCUCGUCACACCGAGUUGGAGAUGACAGGCUACGUGAUUACUCGCUGGUACCGACCCCCGGAGGUUAUACUGAACUGGAUGCGUUACAGUUACUCAGUGGAUAUUUGGUCUGUGGGCUGCAUCCUAGCUGAGAUGGUCACAGGAUCUGUGCUCUUCCCUGGAUUUGACCAUUUUGACCAACUGAAAAAGAUCAUGAAUGUAACGGGAACACCACCACAAUACCUGGUGGAGAACAUGAAGAACGACGACGCAAGAAACUAUGUCCGUUCCCUCAUACCACAAGAGAAGAAAAAAUUCCAGCAGGUUUUUCCCACAAUGAAAGCACAAGCUGUUGACCUGCUAGAAAGGAUGCUAAUUCUAGAUCCAGACAGAAGAAUAACAGCCAGUGACGCAUUAGAACAUCCUUAUCUCAGCGAACACCACGAUCCAAACAACGAGCCAGAAGCAGAGCCAUAUGAUGAUUCCUUUGAAAGCCUGGACCUAAAGGUUGAAGAAUGGAAAAGUCUUCUUCACAUGGAGAUUAUGACUUUUGACCCAGACAACCCGAGACAAAUGGCAACCUGAUGCAGCUUGAUCACUAGAAGCAGUACACUCACUGAAAUGAAUUUGGAACCACAAAGCCAUGUUACUAGCAGUUAACUUGCAUCUGUUCUUCUUGUGUCUGUGCACAAUGACAGAAAUAUUAAAUAAAAGCACACACG